UCUGUGUCCUCUUAGAACCAACGGCUCGCGGCGUCCAUCGACCCAUGAGAAAAGCUAAUAUUUUACUCGUUUGACGCCGUAGAUCGACACAGAUGAACGACAAUCAGAAAUCAUCGAAGUUUAUUGGUGCCUGCACCUACUGAUUCUGUGUUGUUGCGAACUGUAGGCGGCAAUAAUUGCACCGGGAAAUCUUUCCGAUUUUCCUGAACUGGUUUUGCGAUUUCCAAGUUUUUUCCUGCUUUUCUUGUUUCUGGAUAAGUGGGUGGCAUCUACAUUCCUGCAAAGGCGCCAGCCACACUUUGCAUUCUUGAAGUCAUGGCCGAGACUUCCGCGGCAGCUUCUGAGUACGAGGAGGCUCUGAGUGCCAUCUCCUCUCUGAUCACGCGGCGCACCCGUGCUGACGGAACCAAUAAAGGUGAUCAAUUCGAUCUACUGUACGAUUAUCUGAAGAUUCUUGAGUUGGAAGGGCGUCUUUCGAAGCUAAAUGUCAUCCAUGUUGCUGGUACCAAAGGAAAGGGAUCAACAUGCACAUUCAGCGAGUCUAUCUUGCGAAGUUGUGGUUUCCAUACUGGGCUCUUCACAAGUCCCCACCUGAUUGAUCUGCGAGAAAGAUUUCGACUCGAUGGGGUUGAGAUAUCAGAGGAAAAAUUUUUGAGAUACUUCUGGUGGUGCUGGAAUCAAUUAAAGGAGAAGGCUACCGAUGAUGUCCCAAUGCCAAACUAUUUUCGGUUCUUAACUCUCCUUUCCUUCAAGAUAUUUAUAGAAGAGCAGGUAGAUGUUGCAAUUUUGGAAGUUGGCUUAGGUGGAAAGUUUGAUGCAACAAAUGUGGUGGAGGCACCAAUUGUAUGUGGAAUUUCUUCACUAGGUUAUGACCAUAUGGAAAUUCUUGGAAAUACUCUUGGGCAAAUUGCUGGAGAGAAAGCAGGUAUCUUUAAGCGCGACAUUCCAGCAUAUACAGUAAAUCAGCCUGAAGAAGCAAUGUCUGUGCUUGAAAGCAAAGCUUUAGAACUAGAUGUGCCCCUUAGAAUAGCAAAGCCACUGGAUAUCAGCAUGUUGAAUGGUCAACAGCUGGGGCUUGCGGGUGAUCAUCAGUUGAUAAAUGCAGGCUUGGCAGUUUCCCUGUGUCACACCUGGAUUCAGAAGUUGGGGCAUGGAGGAAAACUUGAUAUGAAAAACUCUAGCUGCAUACCGGAGCAGUUUGUAGACGGACUAGUGGCAGCCAGGAUGCAAGGUCGAGCACAGAUUGUACCAGACGUGUGCAUGAAGAUGCAGAAUGAAGUCAAGUCUGGAGAGUUGACUUUCUAUCUCGAUGGUGCACACAGCCCUGAAAGUAUGGUAGUAUGUGGAAGGUGGUUUGCUAAUGCCAUCAAAGAGGCAUCAAGUAUGUCAGAGACACAUCUUACCGAUGCUUACAUUUCAAAAUCUUCCACUAAAAAAUCUAUUCAGAUUCUACUAUUCAAUUGCAUGCCAGUUCGUGACCCAAAGCUGCUGCUACCAGUUCUUGUAAACACUUUUGCUGAAUAUGGUGUACACUUCCAGAAAGCUCUUUUUGUACCUAGCCAGUCCGUGUUUAAUAAAUUGGGGGCAAAUGCAUCAGCAACAACUGAUCCUUCUCAAGUUGACCUUUCUUGGCAGUUGACACUUCAAAAAGCAUGGAGAAACUUAAUCCACAGUAGCAAUGACAAUGAGAGAGUCUCUCCUAUAUAUGAUGAAAGUAACUUGGAGCUUGUCCUCAAUGACCAGAGUAGUGCAGUAAUAUCUUCCCUUCCACUAGCUAUCAAGUGGCUAAGAGGCAUUGCCCAGCUGAAUGAGUUAGUCCAUGUUCAGGUUCUUGUGACUGGCUCCUUGCAUUUGGUGGGAGAUGUGCUGAGAUUGAUCAAGAGCUAGAAACUAAUUGUUGCUUGAGCAUCAGGUUGGUUCUCUUUCAAACCCUUGAUGGACAACAUCUGGACUUAACAGGUCUCUUCCAACUUGAGACAAUUGUAUUAACAAUCUUGAUUUUCCUGUGGCAGUGAACCAGCCAGCAAUCAUUUGUGCA